UCUCACGGUCGCCCCUUUUAUUUUCAACCGUUCGCACGAAUGCGAUAGCUUCAGAACGGUAUCAAAAACACGGAGCUUAUGGAUAAAUAAAGCAACAAAUCCUACCUACAGUGUGACUAAUGUCUUCCACGGCGCCCAAAGAUGAUGCGCCCGCGCAUCAAAAGAACAACCAUGUGGACUACGUCAUUCAAUUCAACUUCAGUGGCACAGAUCCCAAUCAAGCAACAUCGCAAUUGGAAUCGCUACUUCGGAGACUAUCGGAGGUAGGCCUGCAGACCGAAGUCAGGGAGGGAGAUGAAUCGACCGUGCUCGUCUUCGUCCGCGCAUCGAGGAAGAAGCACCUUCGACAUGCCGUCUACCAGUCGCGCAUCCGCGACUGGCUCUACGGAGUCCGCCACGACGAGCCCGAAUCCGAGACCUCCGCCGAACCUCAAACCGAAUCCGAACGUCUGCGUGUGAUAUAUCAUAUGAUCACAGUGCCCAAGGAAGCCGGCGGCGCCGGGAUCAGUCCGAAACACGGGGAAUGGGAAAAUGUGCUCGCAAUCUUUCCGCUCCACGAUGUCGAUACAAAUAACAAUUGCAUGAGAGAUUGGAGCAAGAAGACAUUCUUGUCGCCGGAGGACUUGGAUCAGAUACGGAACACCUUCGGAGAAAGCGUCGGGUUUUAUUUCGCCUUCUUGCAGUCGUACUUUAAAUUUCUGCUGUUUCCGGCAGUCUUCGGAUUUUCUUGCUGGCUUCUGCUGGGGUCAUACUCGAUUAUCUAUACCAUAGUUAACUCUCUCUGGGGCGUUAUAUUUGUUGAAUAUUGGAAGCGCCAGGAGGAGGAUCUCAGCUGUCGGUGGCAGACAAAGGGGGCUUCGGCCGUUCGCGCGAAGAGACAACAAUUCAUUCCAGAUAAAGAGAUCCAGGAUGAAAGUACGGGCGAAGUUCGAGGUGUAUUUUCGGCAUCGAGGCGGAUGUAUCGUCAGCUUCUCCAGGUCCCGUUUGCUCUGCUUUCAACGGUAGCCUUGGGCCUGAUCAUUGGGACGUGUUUCGCCAUUGAGAUCUUUAUUUCCGAGAUUUACAAUGGGCCGUUCAAGACAUAUCUAAUCUUCAUUCCUACUAUUUUACUAUCUGCUCUCAUCCCGACCAUGAGCACCGUCCUGGUAAAUGCUGCGACUAGACUCAACGACUACGAGAACUACGAAACCCAACCGGCGUAUGAUGUGGCAUUGACACAGAAAAUCUUUGUGAUCAAUUUUAUCACAUCGUACCUCCCGAUCUUCCUUACAGCUUUUGUCUACGUCCCCUUUGCCAGCCUCAUUGUGCCGUAUCUCGACAUUUUCCAGAUGACUGUUCGGCCAUUCGUUUCCAAGGAGCAUGCGGCGACAAUGCAUACUGAGUUCAACAUUGAUCCCGACCGUCUACGAAAACAGGUCAUUUAUUUCACUGUGACGGCUCAGGUCGUCAAUUUUGCCCAGGAAGCCAUCCUCCCUAUGGUCAAACAGCAUCUUCUCCGCAAAUAUAAAGAGUAUAAGCGAAAGCAAUCGGCAAAGACCGAUUCGGACAGUGAUUCGGACACCAAGCGCACCCCUGUCGCGCAGUUCGACGACGCCCCAGAAGAGUCUGCUUUCCUCAAGCGAGUUCGCAACGAGGCCGAGCUCGAUGACUACGAUGUCACAGAUGAUCUACGUGAGAUGUGCAUUCAAUUCGGAUAUCUCGCCCUCUUCUCACCCAUCUGGCCCUUGGUUCCCGUCUCCUUCCUGAUCAACAACUGGGUGGAGCUUCGAUCCGACUUCUUCAAAAUCUGCGUCGAAUGCAAACGGCCCUGGCCUCAACGCGCCGACACCAUCGGGCCAUGGCUAGAAAGCCUCGGCUUCCUCUCCUGGGUUGGCAGCAUCACCAGCGCCGCCUUGCUAUAUAUGUUCAGUACCGGCCACGAAGGGCCCAAUGGCGAGCCAACAACCAUCCAAGGCUGGGCCCUUCUCCUCACGAUCUUCUUCUCCGAGCAUCUCUACCUCGCGGUCCGCUAUGCCGUGCGUGCCGCCAUGGCCAAACUCGAACCCCCGAACGUGCGUAAGGAGCGCUCGGACCGCUACAACAUGCGAAAGCGGUACCUAGAUUCGACUCUCAGCACCAAGGUCAGUGACGACGAGGGCGACGAGGUCCCCUAUACCGACCAGUCCCAGGAGGUCUCGCAGAUCAGCCGGGCUACGUUGGAAGAGGACGCUCGGACCUGGUCUCGCCAUGGCACGGACUCUACGGAGCGCUUCUGGAUGCGCCAGAAGGGGUGGAAGGAGUCGGCACAUGUCGGCUCGUCUAUUAUUCAUGCCCUGUCGACUGUACAGGGUGACACGAAGAAGGAGCAGUAGGUGGCUGUAAAAGAAUAGGUGGACGUAUAUGAGGAUUGGUACAACUCAGACGGCCAAUGAGUUGUGUUUUGUAUCAUAAAGUUCUUCGCAAGAGAUAUACUCGGUAGCCUUUCCAAACAUUGGAGAGCUUGAAUUUACAGCAUACCACAAGUG